AUACAUAUAAAUUUAUAUGUAAAUCGGAUUCUGACGAAACAAUUUAACAAAACAAAUAAGAACAAUCGAGGUAUCAAGUUUACCACUUUUAUGCGAGGUCAAAUUAGCACGAGAUAAGAUGCGACUCGCCAAGAUCAACUUAGUUUUCUAUCGACUAGGAACAUGGCAGCCCUCACGAGAAGAUUUCUACCGAAAUACAAUGGAUUUUCUUGUACAAGUUUGAGACAUUUCGUCUUUGGUUAUACGUAUUUUUUAAAAGCACGUGUCAUCUGAUUUAUUUACUAUUAUUAUUCUUAUCAAUGAUUCAUUCAAAUUAUCAGAAAUUUCACUAUCAUCUACUGGCAGAGAUAAAGUCAACAACGCCUUCAACUGGGAAGAUCCGUUCAAUCUCGAAUCUCAACUAACACACGAGGAGAUAUUGAUCAGAGAUCAGUUUCGAAAAUAUUGCGGCGAGAAACUUUUGCCUCGAGUAGUCGAAGCGAAUCGCAAUGAAAUCUUCCACAAAGAAAUAAUGAGGGAAAUGGGCGAAUUGGGCAUCCUGUGCUGUACCAUAAAGGGUUAUGGGGCCGCUGGUGUCUCCUCCGUGGCGUACGGGCUUCUUGCAAGGGAAAUCGAGUACGUGGAUAGCGGAUACAGAUCCGCUCUGUCGGUACAAACGUCUUUGGUUGCCGGCGCGAUUGACGCUCACGGAAGCGACGCACAAAAAGAAAAAUUCUUGCCGAAAUUAAUAUCGGGCGAGUACAUCGGCUGUUUCGGAUUAACAGAGCCCGACCACGGAAGCGAUCCCUCUUCCAUCGAGACAAGGGCCAUUUACGAUUCCCAAAAAAAAGUUUACAAAUUGUCUGGAAUGAAGAUAUGGAUCACGAAUGCACCGAUCGCUGAUUUAAUGAUCAUCUGGGCGAAAUGCGUGGAGACCGACGAGAUGCGAGGAUUCAUCGUGGAGAGGAAGGAGAACGGGAAUCGACUGAUCACCCCAGCGAUCAAGGGUAAAUUCUCUCUGAGGUGUUCCAUCACAGGUAUGAUCCUCAUGGACGACUUGGAGGUGCCCGAGGAGAAUAUGCUCCCGAACGUGAAAGGUCUCAAAGGACCGUUCGUCUGUCUGAACAACGCCAGAUACGGAAUCGCUUGGGGCGCUUUGGGUGCAGCCGAGGCCUGUUUACACAUAUCCAGAGCGUACAGUCUGCACAGGAAGCAGUUCAAAAGGCCGCUGGCCGCUAAUCAAUUGAUACAGAAGAAGUUGGUCGAAAUGAUGUGCGACAUUUCGUUCGGCCUCCAAGCUUGUCUGAGGGUGGGCAGGCUGAAGGACGAGGACAAGGCCACCCCAGAGAUGAUCUCGAUGAUAAAGAAGAAUUCUGCCAAGAAAGCUCUGGAAAUCGCGAGGAACGCUAGAGAUAUGUUAGGUGGCAAUGGAAUAUCCGAUGAGUAUCAUGUUAUCAGGCACAUGAUGAAUCUGGAAAGUGUUGUCACUUAUGAAGGUACGGAUAAUAUCCACACUUUGAUACUCGGCAGAGCGAUUACCGGCCUGUCGGCCUUCGGUAAAGAAAUGUAAAGAGAUUGUUCAUCGUACAAUUAUAUUGUAUAUCUAUUUUUAUACGAACUUAUUUUAUAUGUAGAUUGUACAUUUAUAUAUGUAGUUUUGAUAAAUUAAAAAAAGAAAAAAUUAGAUAUAUAUAAAGAAGGAUGAUUACGAAUAAAAUAAGAACAAA